CUUUCCGUUUGUUCCGCCUGUUUACAAUUGAACUAUUUCCUCCUUGGCUGUAUCUCAGGGUGCUGGUACACAAUGAAAAUUGAGACAUUUGCAAUGUUGCCACAAAAUCGUAUCUGUUGUACACAUCCUGCACAAACAACUCGUAUGCGCUAAAUGAGCAAGGCUUCUACUACUAUUAUCCUUUGAUCUAAAAGAGGUUGCCGUGGAUACGAGAGGCAUCGUACUGCCCCGCCAUGUAAGCAUCGCCCUGGGAGUUGACAGGACCAUCCCAUAAUCCUCUCGCCCAAUGGACUUCACAGGCUGCAGUAGACGAUGGAGGACUCGAAUCCCGGAGUUCAUUCGCAGUGGAACAGGGCAAACCACCAUCCAGAAUUUGGAAGACAGAGAAAGAACCCAUGACAAGGAAAGGGCAGGGGCCAGGAAGAGUGUUACUAUGGCACCAACGUCCAGAUAUAUGACUGACAGAAGGCAGUAUGUUAUGAGAAGACCCCUGUCUGCCACAGAACACCAGACCUCCAUUCUGAAGAAGUCACACGAGCACUCCGAUAAGGAAAAACAGAGGCAAUGUAGCGUCACUGAAGAACACAAUGAUAAUCUUCAUCUACAUACAGAGACAGAUUUCCACGCUAAACAAGCUGAAGAGGAGAUCCCAGACCUGUCCUUAGACCGUUUUCACAUGGAUAUGUCACCUAUCUCGCCCUCUGGAGAACAUCUGUCUACCCCACUGGAUGUUGCUGACCAAAGGCGCUGGUAUUCCCAAGAGGAGCCUGUCUUUGGCUCUCCUUGCCAGGGAAGCAGGCUCAGUCCACGCAGCCUAUCUAGCCCUCCUUUGGAAGUCCGCCAAUUUAGCUCACCCCUUAGCCCCAAAUGGAACUCCACUCUUCUGUCUCCUCCAUCAUGCAGCCCAUCCUUCCGCCCCUCUAGGUCCCGACAGACAGAGUUAAGGUUAGGAGGAGGAAGAGAGACACGCUUCAAAGCAGCGUCCUCCUUAGGUUACUCCAAAAGUUACAUCCCCCCUGCUCUUCACAACAUGCCCCCUCAUCAGGCUAACUACUGGGCGUGCGCCAUCCCCACAUCCAUGCCCCCAUCCCCAGACAGAGGCUCCCCAGCCUGGGACCCGGACAAGGAGUACCAGGCCCUCCUUGACUACACCUACCCCCUUCGGCCAGGAAGGGUGGUCAGUAGCUGGGAGACCUCUGAGCUAGAGGGUGUCUCUCUACUCCAGAGAAACCCAGGCCUCCAAGACUCAGGAAUAGAACUGGAUGGACUCUGUAGCUCAACCAGCCUAUCAGCUAUAGACUUUCCUUUAAGUGGCGCCUUGGGAGUAGGUACUGUGUGGGCCAGGGAGAAAGGAAUGCUGGGCCCAGAUCAGAGGUUGUCCGAGCCCCGUGGACUCUCGCACUCCAAAUUCUCAAAUGGCAUUCUGAGCAGUAGCCCCUACUCCUCUGCAGAAGGUUUAUCUUUGGAGAGCCUCCACUGCAGUAAAGAAAGGACUGGGCUGAACCAAGCAGCUUGUAGCGGGGGUGGCCAAUAUAGGCAAACAGGUGUCCUUUCCACUUCCAGCGGAUUCAUCCGAUCAACCAGUGUCCUACCCCGUCUGAGUGGUCUCAAAGGUGAAGCAUGGGAUGAGGAGUUUUGGCCUCUGCCAGAGCGUCUGGAGGAGCUCCAGGUUCUUUCACGACAGGUCAGGGAGGUGACUGCACAGCUCAGCCAGCCUGUCACAGCCAGCUGGGAGUCCCUGGAGAGGGGGACGAUGUCGCUUCACUCCUCCACAACGUUGCCUGACAAACAGGAGGAUGAGGAACAGGAUAAAAAAGAGGCCAGGGAUAACAAAGACAUAGAUGGCUCUGAAGAACUUCGAAGGAAAGAGGUCCAUGGGGAUUCUCUGCAAGCUAUCCAAGCCACUGCCUCCAGCUUAGACCAUCCUGGCAAGGGAGUGAGGGCCAACUUGCGGGAGGUGGAGGCUGUGGUGGAGCAGCUCGUUGGACUGACCCUGCCUGAGAUCCAGAGGAGUCAGAGGGAGAACCAGCAAGCCAAUUCCCUCGUGAAGCACAUCAAAACUUUCUGCACAAACCUGGAGGAUCUCAUCCAAUGGUUGUAUACGGUGGUGGAGAAAAUGGAGGUUCUGGCUCCGCCCAGAGUUGACAUUGACAGUGUCAAAUCAUCACUAGCUGAAUAUAAGAGUUUUCAGAGAGAUGUUAGUGCUCACCAGUCUUUGACCACCUCUGUGCUGCAGACUGGAGAACUUCUUCUCAACUGUAUGACGUCCACCUCUCCAGUUUUGAAAGACACCCUCACUCUUAUUGAGAGGCAGUCACAGGCACUGGAGAUGCACACCGAGCAUCUCUUCUCCUCUAUCCUCUCAGCUAUGGAUAGCCUGACCCAGCCCAGCCAGCCUGUCCAGUCCAGCCAGCCUGGGGAUCCACAGCCUAGAGGCAAUGAAGCUUAAUGGAAAGUCGAUUUGUGGAUCAAGUUUAUCAAGAGAAUUUCUUCAACUCUGUUUUUGGAAAACCACUGUUAUAAAAUGUCUAAGCUGUUGGAUUGUUGUUAUUGACAGACAAAAUUACCACUUGAUUGCUUUUUACAUAUGUGCUUUAUAAACCUAGCAGAAGCUAGUAUUAUGUUUGCCUUAUGAAGUAUGGUCAAGCAUGUGAUGUUUUCAAUUGACCUACACAGAAAAGGGCCAGAUUCACUAAUGUAAUAAGAGCAUAACGCAUUGUGCUACAAUUUUUUACACAUAUUUAAACUUUCGAACCCUUUUUGUAUUACAGUCAAUGUUCUUUCUACAUUUAAGUCGUAUAGGCAUUGUGCCUCUGAACUUGACCUGUUGACUAUGUUCAAGAUUUCUAAUGUCUGGUUAUUCUACACUUGAGUGCCUUCUGGACUUACAGUCCAGAUUUCACCUUUGCAGUGAAUGUUCCUAUUAAGUUUUACAUUUACUUUAUUCAUCUAAAGUCACAUCCAGUGAUUGGACAUAAAACUGUUCAUAAAUUACUAAAAGUCAACACGAGCAAUACACACAACACAACAUUUUUCAUGUGUAUGUUUCUGUGUCACUAGUCUUUUCACUAGAAUGUUACUUAAGUUGCACUAAUUUGAAGGCAGCUUUAUUGGGAUCGGCAGCUGCCCAUCAGAGACACAGUUCUGGACAGUUCUAAGAAUAGUAUGUGCUGAAUGUGUGUUACACUUUUUAAAUUAUAUUAAAAUGUUUUGUUUGUCACACAAACAUUGGUCAAGUUAAAAAAGCAAAACAGUUUGUUGCACUUGUACUCGUUUUAACAUUCACACAAUAAAUGUGAAAACUGUUUUAAUUGUAAGACCAUACUUACGAGCACAAUACAUUACAGAAAUGUAGUAUCAGUGUGUAUCUUAAGUGAAUGGCCUGAAGUUAUUAUUAAAUCCAUUGCUAAUGA